CUCCCCCCCUCCCCCCAGCCCCGACCCCCGACCGGGUCCCUCGAGUCCUGCGUCCCGCCCCUGAGACCCAGCCACACUCCUUAAAUCCUCUCCCAGCCCCUGAGGCCCGUGCCCUGCAGCAAGCCGCGUCGGCCGGAAGUCAUGCCGUAAUCUGCGCAGCGGCUGUCGUAAGAGCGCUGGUUCCCCUGGCGACGGGAAACGCGCGCAAGAUGGCGGCGGAGGUGGAGAGGGCCACAGGCCCAGCGGAGUUGGCGGAGGCGGCAGAGCUGAGCCGCGUGUUGGGCCGUCUGCUUCCAGGGCUGGAAACUGACAGCAAGCUGGGACGGCGGCGCGCGCUGGAGGCCCUGCAGCACUUACUGGAGGAUUCAGCGGGGCCCAGCGCCGACCCCGCCGCUUUCCAGGGCCCUUGGGCUCGCUUGCUGCUGCCGCGCCUGCUGCGCCUCCUGUCCGACCCCGCCGAGGGCUGCCGCGCGCUGGCCACGCACCUGCUAGACCUGGGCCUGCGCCGCGCCGCACGACCCUGUGACGCCCUGCCGCGCCUGCUGCCAGCGCUAGCCGCACGCCUGACCCGGCCGGAGCCCGCGCGGCCCCCGCCCGAAACCUGCGAGGAGCUGCGUCUGGCGCUCGUACAGCUGCUAGGCCUGACUGUGCGCCUAGGGGGUGCCGCGCUCGCGCCCCACCUGGACGACGCUGUGCUUGCGCUGCGGAGCGCGCUGCUCGACCCCUUUGCUGCAGUGCGUCGAGAGAGCUGCGAGUGCGCCGCCGCUCUAGCGCGCGCCACGCCCGACCACUUCCACAUGCAGUCGGAGUCCCUGAUCAGCCCCCUGAUGCAGACCAUCUCCCACCAGCACUGGAAAGUCCGGGUGGCUGUCAUCGAAGCCACAGGGACAGUGAUCCAAUUUGGAAACGGGAAGUCCAUAGACGAUGUACUUUCACACUUUGCUCAGCGGCUCUUUGACGACGUCUGUCAGGUACGACAGGCAGUGACCUCUGUGGUAGGGGGCUGGCUGCUGGCUCUGCGGGACCGCUACUCAUUCUUUCACAAGCUCAUCCCUCUGUUGCUGAGCAGUGUCAGUGACGAGAUGCCCGAGAUCAGGCAGUUGGCCACCAGCCUCUGGGAGAAGGUGGGGCUGCAGUGGCAAGAGGAGAACGAGGCUGACCUGAAGGACAAGCUGGACUUCGCCUUGCCACCCCCACCCCACUACCCCCAACAAGAGAGCCGCCCAGUGCUGGGCUGCCGGGAGCUGGUCUUCAGAAACCUCUCCAAAGUCCUUCCCGCCAUCUGUCACGACAUCACCGACUGGGUGGUGGGGACCAGGGUGAAGUCUGCACAGCUCCUGCCGGUGCUGCUCCUGCACGCCGAGGACCACAUCACACAACACCUGGAGAUCAUCCUCAGAACCCUGCAGCAGGCUUGUGCCGAUGAGGAGCCAGCCGUGGUCAGCAGUUGCGAAAGAUCUGCAGAGCUGAUUGGGACAUUUGUCAGCCCAGAAGUAUCUCUGAAGCUGAUCUUAUCAAUGCUGAAGAAGGCACCCUCCUCUUGUAGCCUGUUGGUUCUUGCUUCCAUCAUUCGAGGCUGCCCACGAGAUGCCCUCCAGCCACACCUCAAGGUCAUCACCACAGAGCUGGCCCAGGCAUACAUCUGCCAGGCAUCUGAAAAUGACCUCUACCUGGAGCGCCUGCUGCUCUGCGUCCAGACCCUGGUGUCUGUGUGUCAGGAGGACUGCAGCGUGGCCAGCCUGCAGCUCAUGGAGGUGCUGGUGACAGUCAUGGCUCUCUCGGGUGCCACUACCCUUGGGAACAAGGCUCAGGAGACCAUGGAGUCACUGGCCAUGGUGGAGAACGUCCCCAGCAGUCAAGACCUCUACCGAAAGCACAUGGGUCCUCUCCUGGAGCGGCUGACUGCCUCACACAAUGACUGGACUGCACACUCCGUGGAGCUGCUGCAGUUCUGUGAGGUUGUCACCCGAUCAGGCCCCGCCAUGGGAGAAGCACUGCAGCACGUGGUCCCCACCCUCAAGACCUGUCUCCAGACCACAAGAGACCCCCAUAUGUGCCUGAAGCUCUUCUCCAUCCUCUCCAGCCUGCUGCUGAGGCCCAAGGACACCAUCAACUCCCAGGGGCAGUUUUGUGGCUACCUCGACACAUUGGUGAAGGACAUCCUGAUGCCCAACCUGCAGUGGCGAGCGGGGAAGACCGCUGCAGCCAUCCGCACGGCCGCCAUGUCCUGCCUGUGGGCACUCACCAGCAGCGACAUCCUGUCAGCCAAGCAGGUGCAGGAUGUGCAGGAUGCAUUACUGCCUCGGGUCCUGGCCACCCUGGAAGAAGACAUGCAGACCACCCGGCUGAUCUCCUGUCGUAUCAUUAAUAUAUUUUUAAAGACCUCUGGUGAUGUUAUGGACCCAGAUAAAUUCAUCAAGGUUUAUCCUGAGCUCCUAAAGCGCCUAGAUGAUGUCUCCAAUGACGUGCGGAUAGCUGCCGCCUCCACCCUGCUCACCUGGCUAAGGUGCAUCCAGAGCUCUGACGGCAAGUCAUACUAUCAAAGCAGCAUCCAGUACCUGUACCGGGAGCUCCUCAUUCACCUGGAUGACCCUGAGAGUGCCAUCCAGGAUGCAGUCUUAGAGGUGCUCAAAGAGGGCAGCAUGCUGUUCCCAGAUCUCCUGGUACGUGAGACCGAGGCUGUCGUUCACAAGCACCGCUCAGCCACCUACUGUGAGCAGCUCCUGCAGUACGUGCAGGCCACUGCAGCCGCACAGUGACCGUGUGCUGGCAUCUAGCACCUCUGUGGCCUUGAACCUGCAUCUUCAGAGCACCCUGUGCCAGCAGCUCAGAUGCACACAGCACCAAGAAUGCACCAGAGACACCACCUGCUGUUCACCCUCCCGACAGUGCUUCUGGCCAGCAGCAGCUGAAUGACAUCGAUGUGAGUUCUGUAUUUUUAUGUCUUACUCAGAGAGGCCUCCCAAUGUCUAUAGUUCUGUUGAAGCUAAAACUAAAUGUCAGCUGCCCACACAGUCAGCUAAAUGAGCUGAUUAUUAUUAUUUUUUUAAGUCUCUUAUGUACUUCUGGGUUCUAUCUUGCUUAAAUACCCUCCAAGAAAGUUAACUAUUAAAAAAAAAGUGAUUAAAAAAAGAAACUUCACCGUUCUUUGGGUUCUGUCUCAGACUACCAGGAAUUUGAAGUCUUGACUCUUAUCAGUGGAAUCUUACCCAUUUAAAUACACUGGAACUUGUUACCUGGACAUACAUGGUUGUAGUAUUUUUAAGUCAAUAAUGCUGACAGUAUUGUGAUAGAACAUUCAGAUCUCAUUUUGGUUGCUUUCUUAGCAAUAAAAUAAGAUUGUAUUAUAUUCUCCAGCACAUUCUAUGCCUAAGUGCCUAAAAGAUUGUAAGGAGGAUAUUGUUACCUUAAGCCAAUAUUUAUAUUAACACAGCAAGGAAAGGCUGUUAUGUUUUCUGCUAACCUCAUAUUAACAUUUGUGCUCUGGUGUUUGAAAAUUUAAUUAAAUUAUUCAAAUUAUUUUCCUA